ACACCAGUGCCACUUGGAAGAAGCCAUCUACCGAGCCUGAAGAUGAAAACCCCUGAGGGCCUUUGAAAUUGAAUAGUCCAAGGUUCAAAUUCCAGCUCGGCCAUUACUUGCUUUGACAAAGGAAGAUGGAUGGCAAUGAUACGUUUCCCCAGUUCAGCCACGAUGUGCUUUCCACAUCUCAUUCUCUGUUUACAAUGAAUAUCAAGGGGAACGAUGAAGAACCCACCACCAGUUAUGACUAUGAUUACAGUGAGCCCUGCCAAAAGACCAAUGUGGGACAAAUUGAAGCCCGGCUUCUGCCCCCGCUCUACUCGCUGGUGUUCAUCUUUGGUUUUGUGGGCAACUUGCUGGUCGUCCUCAUCCUGAUCAACUGCAAAAAGCUGAAAAGCAUGACUGACAUCUACCUGCUCAACUUGGCCAUCUCUGACCUGCUGUUCCUCCUCACCAUCCCAUUCUGGGCUCACUAUGCUGCAGACCAGUGGGUCUUUGGGAACGUGAUGUGUAAAUUUUUCACAGGGCUGUAUCACAUUGGUUAUUUUGGUGGAAUCUUCUUCAUCAUCCUCUUGACAAUCGAUAGGUACCUGGCUAUUGUCCAUGCUGUGUUUGCUUUAAAAGCCAGGACGGUCACCUUUGGGGUGGUGACAAGUGGGGUCACCUGGGUGGUGGCUGUGUUCGCCUCUCUCCCAGGAAUCAUCUUUAUCAAAUCCCAAGAAGAACAUUCUGGUUAUGCCUGCGCCCCUUAUUUUCCACUAGGCUGGAAGAAUUUCCAUACAAUAAUGAGAAGCAUCUUGGGCCUGGUGCUGCCACUGCUUGUCAUGAUCGUCUGCUACUCGGGAAUCCUAAAAACCCUGCUUCGGUGUCGCAACGAGAAGAAGAAGCACAAGGCUGUGAGGCUCAUCUUCGUGAUCAUGAUUGUCUACUUUCUCUUCUGGGCUCCCUACAACAUCGUCCUUCUCCUAAGCACCUUUCAGGUAUUCUUUGGCCUGAGUAACUGUAAGAACAGCAGUCAGCUGGACCAAGCAAUGCAGGUGACCGAGACCCUGGGGCUGACGCACUGCUGCAUCAACCCCAUCAUCUACGCCUUCGUCGGGGAGAAGUUCAGAAGGUAUCUCUCUGUGUUUUUCCGAAAGCACAUUGCCAAACACCUCUGCAAACAAUGCCCAGUUUUCUACGGGGAGACAGGAGAUCGAGUGAGUUCAACAUACACCCCUUCCACUGGGGAGCAGGAAGUCUCGGCUGUUUUGUAGAGGAGUAGCAGUUCGCUUGUUAUUUUCAAAGGGAGAUAGCAAGCUAUAUAUGAUGAUAAGCCUCCAGGGUUUGUUGAAGAAUAGAGGACUCUAAGUCUCUAAAACAAGUGCCCAGGAACCUCAGGGUUGUGUGAACCAAGACAGACUUGUGUCAUUCCUUGUAGAGCCAACAUGUGCUCAGGGAAUAUUCCAGAACAACUGUGGGCAGAGACCUGGACUCUCCAACAAGCUCAUCGCAGUUCCUGGAAAUUGUCACUUUGCCUUGUGCUUUUGCUCUUUCCCCCCUCGUCACCACUUUGCUCACUCUGAUUCUAUCAAUCUCUUUAAUCAGCUGGAGGUGGGGAAGAGAACGAGACAGGCACAGGUGAAUGGAACAAGGGGGAGUGGGGUCAGGACCAAGGAGAAGGAGAAGAAAGUGUCAACAAGGCUGAGCCUGGACGAGGAUGCAGGUAAGGGCUUCGCUCUCCCUUAGUGCCAUCUCCUACUGUAUUUAACUUUGGAGGCUUCCCCAGCUCAUGGAGAGCUUAGGAACUGUAAGAACUUUCUGGAAGCUUUGGUUGGGUCCAUGAUCCCCCUUCUGCUAAGUGCAUGACACAUUUCUGCUUUAUUAUGGUUUAGCUAUGACAACCACGCACCCUACAUUUUAAAUCUAUUCAGUAUCUUGCCCCAUUGUUCAUAUGCUUCUUAGGCCUCAUUCCCCUAUACAGAAAUUUACUAAAGGACUUC